AUGGUUGCUCUGCCUAUGGAUAUACUAAUGAAGUAUAAAGUAAGCCAAGAAGAAGUUUUAAGAGAAAUUGAUAGUGAAAAUAUGAGAAAUGUUGCUUUUGAAGUUGCCAGUAGAGCAAAUAGUCACUUAGAAAAGGCACGGCGAAUUAACGUACCGAUAAUAGCGAAUCAAAUCUUUUUACCUGCAAUUGCAGUUGAUACUUUUUUAGUUAAACUGCAAAAGAAUAAUUUCAACUUGUUUGAAAAAUCAUUGCAUCAUGGUAGUACAACUUUGCCAUUCAAACUAUACUAUAAGAGACUCUUGAAUAAAUAC